CACUUGCGUAGAUGCCCAUCAAAGACGGUCUCCGAGAGUGAGGCUGUUGGGAAGAAUAGAGUCUUAGUUGUGGCUGAUAUCUCGGAGACAACAUUCUGCCAAGCAAUUUGCGCUGGACUGUGGAAAAUCCUUAGAAAUAUGAGGCAAGAUGAGAUUGCAUCUGUUGUACGAAAUGACUUCCUCAUUCUGCAACUGGGCCAGUCUCUCUUCAACAAGCAUGGGAGUGAUUCAACAAAGUUUGAGUAUAUCAGAGCCAAGGUCCGAGAAAUGGGCAGACUGUUGUUGACCUUAAGAAAGAAAUAUUCUAUAUUUAGCUUUGAAGAAGCUGUAAAGCCAAAUCAUUUUUACAAGAUCAUUGGAGCUGUCAGAGCAGUUGCAGGAUAUGAUGAAGAGAAACACUCCUAUUGCACACCAAGCCUUGCCCUGAAAUUGGGACACUCGCUCAAGAAGAUCGGUGACAUUAUUCUCUGCAGGGCCAUCGCAGCAGAGGAUGAAGAUUUGAUUAAAGCAGCAGAACGAUUCACACAACUCUGCACAAAACAGUGGGUAACACAGGUCUCCCACACUGCACUGGCUACUUUGAGCAAGGCAAAAUUUAACAAACCAUCCACCAUACCAUUCACAGAGGAUGUGCAGCUCUUGCACAAGUACCUGGAGGACAAAUCAGCAGACGCCAUUGAAAACCUAAAAGACCAUGAUUCUCCACAGGCGUAUGCUGAACUUGCUAGGGUGACACUCACUCAGAUAAUCGUCUUUAAUAGACGCCGUGCAGGAGAAGUCUCAAAAAUGACACUUGAGGCCCUAAAAAAAAGAGACCAGACUGAGCUCCAUAGUGACAUAGCUGCUAGCUUGUCACCGUUUGAACAAAAGCUAGCCCAGCACUUCAGCAGGGUUGAAAUUAUGGGCAAAAGAGGGAGGAAAGUUGCUGUUCUAUUAAACCCGGAAGUUGUCAGUGCAACAACACUUCUAUCACACAAAAGAGACGCAUGUAACGUCCAUAAGGAUAACUCCUUCCUCUUUGGACGUCCACAGUGCCCACCCACGAGCUACUACAGGGGACAGGACUGCAUACGAAUUUUUGCACACGCGUGUGGUGCAAAGAAUCCUGAUAAUCUGAGGUCUACGCAACUUCGCAAGCACAUUGCAACAUUGUCCCAAAUUCUCAAUCUCAAAAAUAAUGAGCUGGACCAACUUGCCAAUUUCUUGGGCCACGACAUUCGGGUCCACAGAGACUUUUAUCGUCUUCCGGAGGCAACUAUAGAAAUGGCAAAAAUCACAAAGCUUCUACUUGCAAUGGAAAAAGGAACUCUUGCAAAAUUCCAGGGAAUGUCUCUUGACGAGAUUGAGGUUGAAGCUGAAUUGGACCCAGAGCUGGAAGAUGGAGAUGAUGAAGGCGAUGGAGACGACGAAGGCGACGACGACGGAGGCGGCGGAGGCUGCGAAGUUGACGACGGAGGUGAUGACAGAGGCGGCGGAGGCGACGACGGAGGCGGUGGUGAAGAGUCAGAUUGUCCCCUUGGACUAAGAGAAAAUCAAGAAAUGAAGAUGCCUGAAGAGCCCACCAGCUCCUCAGGGAAAAGAAAAAGUAUGGAAUUGACCCAGGGUGAGGCCAAGAGUUACAAAGGGGGAAACAAACUGUGUGCGACCCAGAGUGUGGCAUCCAGCUCCAAAGAAUUCAAAUCAAGAAGAUGUGUGAAAAGGCCAUGGAGCAAGACUGAAGUUGGUGCUGUCAUGAAACAUUUUAAGACACACAUUUCAAAGGGACACUUGGCAACUAAGUUAGAGUGUGAGCGGUGUAAGGUUUCUGAGCACCCUGUUUUGAGCGACAGAACUCCUCAAAAUAUAAGAGACUUUGUUAGGAACAGGGGCCUUAUGUUUAAAAGAAAGGUCUAA